AUGUUCGAGGGGGUGGUGAGCCAGGUGCUCGACGGCCUCCUCCGCCGCUAUGUCAAGGGCAUCCAGAAGGAGCAGCUUAAGAUCGGCAUCUGGAAGGAAGAAAUACUGCUCGAAAAUGUAGAGCUGAUUCUGGAAGCCUUUGACUACCUGCAGCUGCCAUUCGCGCUGAAGAAUGGACGAAUUGGGAAGCUAAGCAUCCGGAUUCCUUGGAAGAAGCUUGGAUGGGACCCUAUCAUUAUUGUCAUAGAAGAUUGGAGCUCAGAUUCUCUGGACAAGAGAGAACUGGCUGGAAAGUUGGCUAAACUUAAUGCCAUUGAGCUUGCUAAAUUUUCUAGAAGAGUUACAGAUAACCAAACGGGACAGUCAUUUUUGUCCUACAUAUCAUCAAAGAUACUGGACAGUAUCCAAGUUUCUAUGCGAAAUGUUCAUAUUGUGUACAUGGAUACCCACAACGUUCAAGGGAACUUCGUAUUUGGUUUGGAAUUCUCAAGUCUCUCGAUACAAACAGAUACCCAGAAGCAAAGUUUUACUAUUUCAUUGAUGGCUAGGUCAAGACAAGAUGAAGUAAAUAAGAUAAUAGAGAUAUCAGAUGUUGGAAUUUAUUGUCAUCAGUUGGAAGAACAACAGGACCUAUGCCAUGUUGGUGCUCUUGAAAAUGGCCACUCAAGGGAUGAUUAUCUUGUAAAUCCAUUUUGUGUGACUGUAUCUGUGCUUGCUAACAAAGCUGCCAAGCUUGAUGGUACCCCUCAGUAUGACAUGACUGCAGAGCUAACUGCAUUGGCUCUAUCUGUUGAUGAAAUCCAGCUCCAACAAAUCUUAAAUCUUUGUGAUUACUUCACUAUCUGUGCUUUUGUAACAAAAUAUGGUCGUUACCGUCCAUCUCAAAGCUCUAUAUCUAAGAGAUGUAAAGGUUGGCAGAGAAUGUGGUGGCAAUAUGCUCAGAAUUCUGUAUUAGCAGAUGUUCGCAGAAGACUGAAGAAAACUUCAUGGCGAUGGCGUUAUUUGAAGCAGCGACUGAAUCACCUACUAAGAUAUGUCAAAUUGUAUAGAAUGAAAUUGGAGCUUUUGCAGAAAGGACAGAUUGUUAGUGAAGACAUUCUACAAGAGUUGGAAAAUAUGGACAAAGAAUGUGAUAUAGAUGACAUACUUAACUACAGAACGAUUGCAGAGCAACAACUGCAGGAAUCAUUGGUGAAAUCUUCCAAAGAUACUCAUAGUCCAGGAAGUCCUCGAAGCAAUGAACAGUUGACAGGGGCAAGCCAGGGAUGGCUAAACUGGCUUUCUCUUGGAAUGCUUGGUGUUGGUGGAACAGCUGACAGUAGCUCAUUUGCUGGUGUUAUUUCUGAAGACAUUAUUAAGGAUAUAUAUGAGGGAACGGAAUUUCAUCCAGUUUCUUCUGCUGAAAAUUGUUUGAAGAAAGAAAACUACUAUUCUUUGUUUGUUAGACUAUCUAUUUCUCAGAUAGUCACAACUGUCACCUCCAGGGGGUUUGGCAUGAAGCUUGUAGAUACAAUGUUUUCUGGGCUUGGUAUGGAAUGUAAAAUAUGGGAUGAUUCAGCAACUAUUCUUGCUUGGCUUGAUUCUCUUCAGGUUAUCAACCCACUGAAUGAAACAAAAAUCUUACAGGCUGAAAAGUGUAGCACCGGUGAUGGUCUUGGGGCACCUGUUAUCAGUAUCCAAGUCGACUUUCCCAAGUCAAACGAAAGAUCGGAAGCUUCAACAAGAGUUGUUGUCCAGGAAUUCAGUGCCAUCUAUGAACCAGAAUUCUUUGUUAAUGUCCUGCACAUCUAUGAUCUGUUUUCCUCUUUCCAAUUUCAGCAUGAUAGGGUGCUUUCUUCUCUAAAUCGGUUCGAUAAUUUGGGAACAAGACUUGUCUCCAAACUGAAGUACAUGUCUGCUAAUCGUAAAAAACUUAUUUGGGAUUUGAGGAUUCAUCACUUCGUCAUUAGGCUACCAUCACAGAAUUGUGAAAAGAAAGAACUUGCCAUGGUUGUUGAUGCUGGGGAUGUAUUCAUUCAGUCUAAAGAUACAAUUGAGGAUAUUUCUCGAACACAAGAAAGCAAUUCCUUUCUUGACCACAUAUCAAAAAGUCUUCCUAGUUAUUUUUCUGAUUAUCUGUUACUUGGUAUCCAGUUGGAUGAGCUUUAUAACCAGUUUGAGGUUGGCCUUACUGGGUUUCAGGUGAAGGUAUUGCUGCCUGACAAACAUAAUGUUUCCUCUACACUGGUUAAGCUUGAUGCUUCCGUUGCACUUCGAUUGUGUGUAUUCCUAGAUGAACCAGUGCUAAAACAAUUGGAGGUCGGUUUUAUUGUGCCAUUUAUUGAUGUAUACCUCUCUCAGACAAUGUACAGUGCCAUUGUUAAUUUGCCUAGAGUGAAAGAAACUAACCUUGUCAAGAAUAGUGUGCUUGAUAAUCCCAAGACACAUGGACACAAGAAAUCGGCCUUAAAUGUGUCUGUGUCUCUGAAGCUAGCCAAGUUGGGUUUACAGGUUGACCUUGAUGAUAAUUGUGAGGAAAGUUCAGGUCUCAUUGUUGGCAUUGAAGACAUUGAUAUCAGGUAUGCUAUCUGCGAAUUGUCAGACCUUUCUCUUGCCAUGAAGACGGUCAAUGUUACUUCCAAUUAUCGGAAGGAUGAAUCAGAUUCACAUGUGCUAUGCUUAUCUGGGAACUUAACACGAUGUCCUGAAAAUUCUGUUGAAACUUGCUUGAAUCUGCAUUAUAGAACUCAUAAGCAUGAUGAUCAAAUGCAUCAUUUAUACCAGCUGAAUUUAUGUGAUGUUGAUCUGCAUGUUAACCCAUCUGUUAUUGGUCAGAUACAGAUGUUUUUGAGAAAACUUGAUUCAGGACCUUCAGUUGGCAGUGAUGUUGAAUCCACAAUGAUUGGUCAGAGUUCCAUGAAAUCCAGGGCAACUAAUGGCAUACUUCCCAAGUUUUCCUUGUCAAAUUUAUGUGGUGCAGAUGGCACAGUAUUUGCAGGAGUUUCUGUUGACCACUUCCCCUUUUUAGUUGCAGAUUACAGUUGUGGAUAUAGUUUUGGGUGCUUAGGAGCUCAAGAUGUUGAAGCACAAGAAAGUUUAUACUCAAAGAAUGAGCAAUGUCAUGACACUUCAGAACAGGAAUUCCCUGUGGCAGGUAACAAUCUUGAGUGCUUGGGAGAAUCACAUGACUGUGUAACAUACAAAUUUGAGAUCAGUGAUUGUGUUGUAAUUUUUCCUGUGGAAGAGCAAGAUUUCUUUUGUCUAAAGCUGGAGGUUCCACAUUUUUUCUGUGAGUUCAUUGCGACUGGAAGCUCUGUAGAAUUUGCAAAGCGUAUCCCCAAAGAAUUCUUCAGUUCGGAGUGCAUAGUUUCCAGAAGAGUUGAUGCCAUCUGCAUAUAUGCAAGAAAUGCAUCCAUAUCACUUCUAAUUGUUCCUUGCAAAGAUAUACCAUACUCCCAGCAGCCUACUUUACCCACCUCAAUUAUGAGCAAAAUAUCACGAUGCAACUUGAUUGUUGAAGAUCUAUAUUUUAUAAAUGGGAUGGAGACAGUUAUUGGUGUUGUUGACCAGUUGAUUUCGAUCGGCAAUGAAAAAGUUUUCUACGAGGGCAACCCUGACCCUAAUGAGUGUACCAAUCUCACUAUUUCGAUCAAGGAUCUGAUGAUUCUCUUGGGUCAGUCUAAAGAUAAAGUGGCACUGGAGAGGAUUGCCACUGCAAACAUGGAGUUUGAUGUUUCUGCUGUACUAGUUGGUGAAAAACCAGAGCACAUGAACUUUGAUGUUGUUUCUUUAACGCUGCUGUCAUCCGGUGGUUACACUCUCAUCUCCAUUGUUUCCGAUGGGCCAUUAUCUCCUGUUUUCGUCAAGUUUACAAAGCACCAUGCUGGUCAAGAUGAGAUAUUACUAAGUGUACCCCUUUUCGAGGUCUGGUUAUAUUUACAGGAUUGGAAUACGAUUAUCAAUCAUUGCCAUUCAUAUGUGAAAACAGACGUAAACAGUACGCCUGUGGAGCAUGCAGCUGCUUUGUCUCAGUUUCCAGAAACGGCAUCAUCACCACUUAUUGCAUCAGAAUUUGGUUCGCCAGAUGACUUCAACUUAGUGCUAACAUGUGAAACUAUUGCUGGUGUACUCCAUAUACCUAUCUGGGGGAAAGAAGAAAAUCACACAAGCAAUCACAUGGGUGUGACUCCUUUUCCAACGGAAGUGGGCACUCAUCAUGAGGCAGAUGAUAUUCAAUAUUGUGAACCAAAAGUUUGCAAGUUUGUCACCUUAACUUUUGAGAGUAAACAUUUUGUGAUGAUGUCAGGUGAUAGCUGCAUGAAUUUUAAAUAUGAUUUAGAGAGAUUGAAGGUAAUGCUGGAAAUGAUUCAAGAGAAUAAGGGUACCUCCGUUCCAUUUGUGCAUAUAUCUAAGGUUAAAUCUUCUGGUUAUGUUCAUCAAUCAGAAAGGAAUUUGGAACAUCUUUCUGUUGACCUACAAGCUGAAUACAUGGAUGUUAGUUUUUCACACCAGAUAUUUAACUUCUGGCAUAAUAUGGAACUCAAAUUUCCUGCUGCAUCAUCUGCAUCCUCUUUUUAUUCCGUGGCAUUCAAGGCAGGAUUGAGGAAAGGGUCUCUUCUGCUAAAUGAUGGAAGGUGGAGCAGUCAUGGACCUGUAAUAGAGACCUUAUUGAAGAAUUUAACUGUGCAGUUUAGUCAAAUGAAGGAUAGGACAGAAAUUUCUGCUUUUGUUGACCUUUUAGUAAAUUACAAUAACAUUGACAAGGUUAUGUGGGAACCUUUUGUAGAACCCUCAAGAUUUCAGUUACAUAUGCUAAGAAAAUGUGGUGAUUGUGGACUUGAUAUAUCACCAAGUACUGAUGUGUGUUUAAGUUCAAGCAAGCAGCUUAAUCUGAAUAUAUCAGAACCCUUAAUUGAGGCUAUCCUCAGACUUAGCCAGAUGAUUACAGAUUCUCUUGAUCCAAGUAAUGGUAGUGGUCUUCGGGAAGAUCCUGGAAUCUUGAGAUUAAGCCAUGAUGAUGUUCGUACCAGAAGAUAUGCGCCAUACAUUCUCUCGAAUGACACAUCAUUGCCCUUUAGGUUCAAGGUGUACCGUGGUGCUGUUAAUUCAGAUGAUGUUGACAGUUUCUCUGUAAUAGAUGAAAACUCUGUACCGGCAGGGUAUGCUGUCCCAAUUUACGUCGAAGAAACUCUUGAUGAUUUUUUCUUCCAACACAGAGAAGCGCGAUCGUCAGACCAUCUCAUCGAGAAACGAAUGAGUGCUGUAUCACACUAUAUGAUCUCCAUAGAGUUUGAUGGUACGUCAGGCCCUUCAAAGCCAAUGUCAAUGGACCUUGUGGGCAUUAACUUCUUUGAAGUAAAUUUCUCUUCAAGUAAAAAGCCAAUUCUCGGCGAAGAAAGUUUAGGAGCAUUUUCGUCUAAUGGAAAAGGCAACGAUGGGUUAAUUGUGCCUGUGGUGCUCGAUGUUUCCUUACAGAACUACAGCAAGCGUAUACGAGUUUACUCAACGGUAAUACUAUACAAUGCAACAUCAAUGCCCCUCGAAUUGAGGUUCGAUAUACCAUUUGGUCUUACAUCAAAGGUAAUAGGGCCCAUUCCUCCAAACAAAGAAAUUCCACUGCCAGUUCAUUUGUCUGAAGCUGGCCAGAUUAGGUGGCAUCCUGUUGGCAGAACAUACUUGUGGAGUGAAACGCGUUCCUUGUCAAGUUUACUUUCACGUGAAAGCAGGGUUGGGUUCAUGAAAUCAUCUGUUUGCUAUCCUUCUCACCCUAGUAAUGAUCCAUUUCGUUGUUGUGUAUCUGUUGAAGAAUACAAUGUCCCUUCAUCCGUUAGUACCCAGAAAGGCCAGUUGUGCAGUGAAAGAUUGGACACACAAGUUUCUGGAAGUUCUACUCCAAAUAUUUUUAAGCAAAAUUUGACAAGGACUCAUUUUAUACGGCAUGUCAAGCUUAAUACUCCGCUUCUCAUAAAGAACUAUCUCCCUGUUUGCAUUUCCUUGGCAAUAGAUAAUGGUGGGUCAGCACAUGUAGUUUCGCUAAAGGAGGUAGGGUCUGCCUCUAUUUUUUUUGUUGAUCCCUCCAACGAUCUUGGAAUUACAAUUGAUAUCCAAGAUUAUAGGUCCUUGAACAUAAAGUUUCCCCGGGCUGAAUCAUUCUCUACUGCAGCGAAGUCAAAUGGCUUCAAAUUCUCCAUAACAGAGUCGAUUACUUUCUACUCGAAUUUGUCGAAUUCUCCUCUUAAUGUUAUGCUGGAAAAAUCAAUGGAUGCUCGUUCUGGCGCAAGGGAGUUGUAUCUUUCUGUUCCAUUCUUGUUGUACAAUUGCACAGAUCUAUUGCUUACUGUCACUGAAAGCAGCUCUGAGAGGAGUGGGUCCACCCUUGUGAUUCCUCCUAGUUUUGAGUUGGAUGGACAUGCAAGACAUUUGCUUGAAAAAAGUGGUCUUUCUCUUGUUGAUCCAUCUGUACAGUGCUUUACAGGCAAAAUGCCCCACUUAGAUUUGAUUGAUGGACGCUGCUCUUCUUCAGAGAUAAGCUGCACCAGUAACAGUGAGUCUGUAAAGAAAGAUUUUGACAAUGGUGUUAAAGCUUAUAUGUUUGCUCCUGAUGGGCACACUCCAGCAACUGAACUUUCAGUUAAGUUGAAUGCUUCUCCGCCUAAUAAUGGAACUGAAACAACUCGGCGAAAUUGGUCAAAUACAUUCCUCCUUGUCCCUGCCAGUGGUUCAACAAAUGUUACUAUUCCCCAGUCAUCUACUUCUGGUGCCUUCUUAGUUGCAGUGGCAUCUAUACCUGUUUCAACAGAACUUUUUGGGAGGACAAGGGCUAUUGCUUUCAGGCCAAGAUAUGUCAUAUGUAAUGCAUGCAGCAAUGAUUUGUUCUUUCGACAAAAAGGAACACGAUUUUCUAAGCACUUACGUUCUGGGCAACACUCUUUCCUUCACUGGUCUGAUACAGCCAGAGAGUUGCUGGUCUCCGUUCGGUUUGAUGGCCCAGGAUGGCAAUGGUCUGGAAGUUUUUUCCCUGAUCACCUGGGAGAUGCUCAAUUGAAAAUGCGGAAUAAUGCCUCAGGUUUAUCAUAUAUGGUUCGAGUUGAAGUGCAAAAUGCCGAUCUAGACGUAUACAGCAAGAGAUUUUCUGGAAAAAAUAAUGUCAAUACUGGUACAGUACUGAUUCUGCUAUCUGAUGAUAAGACUGGUUUUGUACCUUACAGGAUCGACAAUUUUUCAAUGGAGAAACUGCGGAUAUAUCAACAGAGAUGUGAAUCUAUUGAAACAAUUGUUUAUCCCUACACAUCCUGUCAAUAUGCUUGGGAUGAGCCUUGCUAUCCUCAUCGCCUUACUGUUGAGAUUCCUGGAGAACGAAGUUUGGGUACAUUCAAUCUGGACAUUCUCAAUGAUGAUGUUCAUGUGUCGCUACCUUCUACAUCCGAGAAAGCUGAAAGACAAUUCUGCAUCUCAAUGCAUGCGGAAGGAGCGAUUAAGGUGCUAAGUGUUCUUGAUUCAAAUUGCCACAAUACGGAAACAAAAGAAAAAAAAAUUCUGGGAUCAAAGGAACCUAAAGUUGCUGAUCACAAACUGGAGCUUGACAUGAAUUUUGCUGAAGUUAUCAAAAUACACUUACCAUUCAUCGGGAUAUCUCUAAUAAGUUCUUCUCCACAGGAAUUGUUGUUUGCUUCUGCCAAGGAGAUGACAGUUGUUGCCAUGCAGAGUUUAGAUCAGCAGAGAUUUACGGUUCAAAUACAAUCUAUGCAAAUUGAUAAUCAGUUCCCUGAUAGCCCACACCCUGUCAUGUUGUCAUUUGAGGGCAGUCAUAAGGGAAAAUCCAUGAACUUUUUUAAGAGUAAAGAUACUAAGCUGAAAUCAGCAAAUGACAUUCUUUCCAAUACCACAGAGCCUGUGCUGCAAUUUACUGCAGCUAAAUGGAGAACCAGAGAUGUAUCAUUUGUUUCCUACCAAUAUAUAAACAUAAGUGUAGCUCCUGUUCGCCUUGAACUUGAAGAACGACUUGUCUUGAGCAUGAUUGAAUUUUUUAGAUCUGUUUCCUCUAGAAUAAAUAUUGGACACUUAGAGAAAAGUCUUGAGCUAAGUAUUUUAGGUGGUGCUACGGACAUGUUAAGAGAAUAUGAAAAAAUCUCAAAGAAUAUAUCAGACAAGCUCCUGGUGCAAGACAGUGAAUUGUUGCCUUCUGUUGUCCCAGUUGGUGCUCCAUGGCAACAGAUACACCUUUUAGCCAGAAAGCAGAAAAAGGUGUACAUUGAGUUGUUUCAGUUGACUCCUGUCAAGUUGACUUUCAGUUUUACGAGCACACCUUGGCUCAAUAGGAAUGAAGGUGGUUCAGACCCCAGCAUAGGUUUCAGCAACACUACUGCAAUCCAGAGAGGUCUUAUGGCCCUCUUAGAUGUUGAAGGAGUACCAGUUUACCUUGGAGAAAUUAUUGCGGAAAAUCUUAUGGCCAGCUGGCAAUCUGUUCAGGACAUUCUUGUGAGGCAUUAUAGCAGGCAAAUCCUCCACGAACUUUAUAAGGUUUUGGGUUCUGCUGGCGUUAUAGGAAAUCCUAUGGGUUUUGCUAGGAAUGUUGGGUUUGGUCUAAAGGACUUCAUAUCUGCUUCAAGAAAAGGGAAAUUGCAGAGCCCAGUUGAACUAUUAAACGGUAUAGCACAAGGUUCAAAAACUCUUAUUGGAAGUACAGUUUAUGCAGUCAGCAGCGCCACUUCUCACUUCAGUAAAACUGCUUAUAAGGGCCUUGUUGCCUUUACAUAUGAUGAGCAAGCUGCUUCGAAGAUGGAAGAACGGGAAAGACAGCUAGGUUUGCAUGGGGAAGGAGUACUGAAUGGUUUUCUAGAGGGUCUGACUGGGCUCCUUCAAUCACCGAUUAGGGGAGCUGAGAAACAUGGUCUUCCUGGGGUCAUCUCAGGUUUAGCAAUGGGGACAGCUGGGCUUGUGGCACGGCCUAUGGCUAGCAUUCUUGAAGCCACAGGCAGAACUGCCCAGAGCAUAAGAAACCGAAGCAACCCUCAUGAAUCCAACUACUUGAGAGUCCGUUUCCCCAGGCCUGUUGCCAGAGAUCACCCUUUGUUUCCGUACUCCUGGGAAGAAGCCAUCGGUGUAUCGUUGCUUGCCCAAGCUGACAGUGGUAGACUAAAGGAGGAGACAUUUGUCAUGUGCAAGACACUCAAGGGGGCUGGGAAGUUCCUUGUGCUAACUGAGAAGCUGCUUCUACUAGUCUCAAGCCCAUAUUUAGUGGAUCUAGGAUCACCUCAGUUUGUCGGUGUUCCUCCUGACCCACGGUGGUCAAUCGACACAGAGAUGCACCUCAAGAGCGUUGUUCAUCUGGACAGGUCUCAGGAGGUAGUGAACAUUGUUGGGAGCAAUGGACAGACUUCACCUAGGGACAAAAGAAGUGGCACGAGGAACAGGGUCAUGAGCUCGGCCUUUGUCCCCCUGUUUCACCUCAGCAUCGAGCUCCCAAAUGAUGAGGAUGCAGAAGGGACGGUGCAGGUCCUACAGGCACUCAUCGAGAAGGGGAAGGCACGGAGGUGGGACAAGAACAUCCUACACCGAAGCAACAUCAGUUGA